AUGGCUACUCGGAGCUCGAUUACUCUCCAAACCCUCCGGGACAGCUCCCAGGAAAUACCCACGCGAACAGAAUCCACGAUCGAAAAACCAAACUCACCAUUCCAGAGUGACUUUCCCGAAGGUGGUAAACACGCCUGGCUCACCGUGGCCGGUGCGUCGGCUUGUCUGUUUGUAUCCUUCGGAUGGGUCAACUGUGUGGGUAUUUUCCAGGAGUACUACCAGACGCAUCAGUUGAAGGAGUAUACUGCCUCUGAGAUUGCGUGGAUUCCAUCAUUACAGGUCUUCUUCAUGAUAUUCAGUGGCUUGUUCGUGGGAAAAAUUUACGACGAUUACGGUCCACGCCCCCUGCUCCUGGCAGGAACUUUUUUCCACGUCUUCGGCUUGAUGAUGGCCAGCCUGGCAAAGACAUACUACCAAAUCCUUCUCAGCCAGGCUUUCUGUUCUGCCAUUGGUGCGUCGAUGGUAUUCUACCCAUCGUUCACGACUGUCUCAACAUGGUUCCUCGCCAAACGAGGCGCAGCCAUGGGCCUAGUCGUAUCUGGCUCCUCUCUCGGCGGCGUCAUCUUCCCCAUCAUGCUGAUCCACCUCAUUCCGGAAGUGGGCUUCGCCUGGUCUAUGAGGAUUUGCGCAUUCCUUAUUUUGGCUUUACUGGCUUUUGCGAAUGCGACGAUGCGAUCGCGCGUUCCGCCUACCAAGCGGCCAUUUGAGGUUAUGGCGUUGCUGCGGCCGUUUAAGGAGCCGACUUUUCUCUUGUUGACUGCUGCUGUUUUCUUCUUCUAUUGGGGGAUGUUCAUUCCCAUUACAUUCAUUGUCGAACACGCUCUGUCCCACGGCAUGUCGCUGCAUUUGGCUAAUUAUCUCGUUCCUAUCCUCAACGGCGCAAGCAUCUUCGGCCGAACAGUCCCCAACGCCCUCGCUGACAAAGUCGGCCACUUCAACGUAAUGAUCGUCAUGAGCGGCUUCACAGCAAUCCUCAUCCUAGCCCUCUGGCUCCCAGCCACAGGCAACGCCGCCAUCAUCAUCUUCGCCGCGCUUUUUGGGAUCGGCUCCGGAGCCGGUGUAGGACUAACUCCCGCAUUGUGCGCGAAGAUCUCGCCUUUGCCUGAGAUUGGUACGCGUACGGGUGCUGCCUUUUCUAUCUCGGCGAUUGCGGCGUUGACUGGUUCACCUAUUGGUGGGAAGUUGGUUGCGGAUGAGCACGGCUCGUUCAAGUAUGCUAUUGUCUUUGGGGGUGUGUCUUGUGCGAUUGGGUGUAUGUUGUUUAUUGCGACGAGGGCUUCGUUGGUUGGGAUGAAGAUGGCUAAGAUGUGA